GUUGUUCAAGACGCUAUCGGCCAGGCAGGGCAGCGGCUAGUAAGGGAAAGUGAGUGGAAGAACGAGUAGAGUGCGGCUGGAUUUAAAUAUUUUUGCUGCCCAGGAAAGGGGACGACGCCAUUUUGUAAGCGUGACUGGCAGCGAACUCUGCCGUGGUCAGGCUUCUAAGGCCAAAAAAUCCUUAGUAGGGGGAAUGGCCCAGAAACGAAGAACUGGCCCCAAGCUUGAACUCACUGCAGACCAAAAGCAGCAAAUGCGAGAGGCUUUUGACCUGCUGGAUGCUGAUGGCACAGGCACCAUUGACGUGAAAGACCUGAAGGUGUCCAUACGAGCACUGGGGUUUGAACCCACGAAGGAAGAGCUCAAGAGAAUUGUGCUUGAAGUGGAUAAGGAAGGAUCAGGGAAAAUCGGCUUCGAUGCCUUUUAUUCUGUGAUGACUGAAAAAAUGUCACAAACAGAUCCCAAAGAAGAAAUCUUGAAAGCUUUCAGGCUCUUUGAGGACAGCGAGAGCGGCAAAAUCUCCUUCAAGAACCUCAAGCAGAUUGCCAGUGAGAUAGGAGAGAAACUGACGGAUGAAGAGUUGCAGGAAAUGAUUGAUGAAGCUGAUGUGGAUGGUGACGGGGAGGUGAAUGAGCAGGAGUUUCUGAAGAUACUGAAGAAAGUUGACAAUUAAUGCUGAAUUUCUCUUGUCUCUUUGAGCAUGAUUGUAAUCAGAGCUGGGAAGCUCUGCCCUUUCCCCCUCAAGCCUUCCCUGUUCUUCAAGGAGCAAUGGAGAUGGUGGUGGUUUCUAUUCAGGAAUUACAGAAUGCACUGACCGGCAGGGCGGUGGUGGAGCGUGACUGGUGAGAGGAAGAGAAGGCUCUGUAACUUUUUGCU